AUGUCAUUUGCAUUUGAGGGCCAGCCUCAGCAUAGCCCCUUCUUCUACGAGGGCCAACAGCAUCAGCAUCAGCAUCAACAUCAACAUCAGCACCACGCCGGCCCGCAACACAGCAGCCAGCAGCACCCCCAGGGCCCGCAUCAGGUACAGCAGCAACAACACGUCCCGCCGCAACACCAGGGCCACCAGCAGCAUCAACAGCAGCAACACGCGGGACCCGCGCCCCCUGGAAAGGUGAACCUGACCCAACUGCCACGCGACGUGACCCCGCGUGAACUGCGGCUGCUGUUCGCUUUUGCACCCGACUUUCUGCAUUGCGAGCUCCACAAACUGCCGUUUGGCGACGACUCCCCCAUCGGCACCGCAUACUUCCGCACCUACACGGCCGCCAUCAACUGCCAGGUGACCCUCGACGGCCGUACCGACCUCUUUGGUGACGACACCUAUCCGCUCAAAUGCGAGGUGCGUUCUUCGCGACACUCGUCCAGUGGCACCCCCAACAGCAGCGGAGCCGGCGCCCCCAACCCCCGACACAACUCCGUGUCGUCCAAGAGCCGCUUCUCGUUCGCCCAGCAGUACCCCACCCCCAACGGAGGCGCUGGAGGCGGACCGUCCUCGCUGGAAAUGCCCAUGCAGAACAUGUCCGUCAACCACUCCACGCCCUCCCACCACUCGUCCCAAGACUUUGGAUACCCGCAGGAAGUCUUUUCGCCCACGUCUCCGCGGUCCGUGUUCCCCGCCUCAGGCUCGGUGCCUGAGCUCGGUCUCCCCAGACCCAUGCUCGGCGCCUUGUCCUCCGGCAAGGCUGUGCUGCUCGAGAGCUCCAGGGAUGACGACGAGUACAACGACAUGGUCAAGGGCCCCGUCAGCUGGUUUGCACGAGAUCCCCAGCCUGGACAGUCGCAGCAGCAGCAGUCUCAGCAGGGUGGCCAGCAGCAGCAACAGGCCCAGCAACAACAGCAGCCCCAGCCACCCCAACAACCCCAACAAUCGCAUUCGGUCCCCUCGCAGUCGACUCCGUCGUCGUCAGCGCCUUCCACGGCCCACUCGCCCAUCUCUAAGCCCAAGUCGCCCGUGUCGCAGCAGCAGCAGCAGCAGCAACAGCAACAGCAGCAGGACGACGAUUCCAAGCGAGACGCCUCCCGUGGCGACUCGUCUGGAGCGCCGGCUAACGCGCCUACGGGCCCUGCAUCGCAGUGGAGCGAUAAGCGGCGUACAUCGACGCUGCGGCAGUUCCAGAACGGCGGCAAGGCCGUCGCUGCCACUACCCCCACCGCGCCGGCCAACUACGAUGACUCGGCUGUUUCUUCGGGCGAGUCGUCUCCCAGCGAGUCCACCAUCUCGCUGUCGUCGGUGGUGCCCGUGCCCACCAACUCGGUGGACGACCUGCCGCCCAUCGACACGUCGGCUGGUCCGGGCGCCGCCUCCCGCAUCGUGGUACCCUACUCACCGACCAACGCGUCCACCACCAUCCAGGUGCUGCAGAACGGCGGCCGUGUGCUUCCCCCUGCCAAUCCUGCCGACCAGAACCCCCCUUGCAACACUCUGUACGUGGGCAAUUUGCCUAUGAACACGACCGAGGAGGAGCUGAUGCAGCUCUUUUCCAAGCAAAAGGGCUACAAGCGGCUGUGUUUCCGCACCAAGAUGAACGGGCCCAUGUGUUUUGUGGAGUUUGAAAACGUCAUGUAUGCAUCCAAGGCGCUUAACGAGUUGUACGGAAAGGGUCUCAAGUACAGUGUCAAGGGCGGCAUUCGGCUGUCGUUUUCCAAGAAUCCGUUGGGCGUGCGGAGCAGUGGCGGCAGCGGAGGGUCGUCGCAGCCUCCCGUGAACGGUGGCCGACAGGACAAGAGGGACUAUAAUGGUGACUACUACUACUAG